UUUUUUUAUUUGUUGUUAAUUUCUACUAAGUUUUUAUUUAUAUUUCUUCUAUUUAUUUCAUAUUAGUUAUGAAGGUUACGGUUUUUGCUUGAUAAUAAUAUUAUACAUUAUGAUUUCCUAUUCUUUGUUACAUAAUCUCAAUUUUAUUUUUAUUAAUCCUGAACAUUCAGUUUUCUACAAAUGGAUCCACCGGUAUUAGGUUAUCUGUCUUCGGACUUGUUGCAGUGCUCAUUGCCAACUUCUAAAGUUUUUUCUGCACCCGUCCUACAUAUGACCAGCUGUAUCCCUUUCUAGCCUGCUGGGAUGCUUUUGCGGAAGACACGGAUCUUUUUACGUGUUAACCUACACUAACCGCUAGUUCACGCAGUUUGGCCCCAGUUCAGGCCCGCCUCCGACUCGUCACAGUGAGUUGUGCCUCAACAUCGAUACUGUACCCUUUCCGACUAAUCGAGGGACAACGAUCUCCUUCGAUAAUUGCCUCUGCCUCUUCUUCCUCUCUCCUCUUUCAAUUCUUAAGCUUUCCUAACUUCCCCCCGGCAAUCUACCAGCUGCCGGAAUUUGUCCUCAUCAUUGCUGUGAAUCUACUUAAAAAAACCUCAGCAAAUUAAGUUAGCUACCAUUGAUCUCUCUACCAAGCCAAGCCCGCCUGUUCCCCUAUUUGGGUUGAUUCAACCCCCCCUGCCCCCCUUCUUCCCUCUCAUGUCCCACAUCUAACCUCGCCGUCGUCUAAACUUCAUCCUCGCUGGAUUCACUCCCCUCGCUAUGGCUUCACUCGAUAUUUCUCACGAAAUUGGUCGCUCCUAUCAAAGCUUAGUCAACUCCCCUCCGGCCAACAAACCAUCGGCGACUUAUGCACAGUGGGCCGUCUUCACUGUCUCCACCCCAUUGGUCAACGCGUUUGUGGCUGCCACUGCCUCCAGAGCAAGCGUCCUUAAAGUACACACUACAUCAGGUAGCUCCCAACUCUCUACCCUCGAUCCUUUGAGAUAAUGUCGCCUCAUUCCCGCUAGCUCACCCUUCUAAGAGACGUACUGAUGGAGCUGUUUGCACUUUCUCUAGAGGGCGAGCUCCGAGAUCUCCUAGAAGAAUUCAACGACGGGAAAGUGCAAUUUGCCUUUGUAAAGGUCAAAGAUGCCAACACUGGCCUGGCCAAAUUCGUUUUAAUAGCUUGGGUAUAAUUCCCCCAUUCCACGUUGAUCCUGCGAUCAAACUAGAAAAUUCGCUGACAAAAGUAGUGCGGGGAUGGUGUACCGGAGAGAGUAAAAGGCUACUUCACCGGUCAUCUCAACACGGUAUCUAAGGUUCUUCAUGUGAGUUUCGGUUGGUUAUUUGGUGUUAACAGUAUUCUGAUGAAACCAUAGGGAUACCAUGUACAAAUAACUGCCCGCUCAGAAUCAGAUCUUACCCCGGAAUCCAUUCUCCAGAGGGUUGCCGAUGCGUCUGGUGCGAAAUACUCCGCUGGUGGCCUGGCCACUGGUCCUCCACCUCCUACCCUUAUGCCAGCUGCCCCGGCUUACAAACCGGCCUAUCAACCAACCAAGGUUUCUGGUGGACCGCUUAAUCCUGUUCCAUCACGCUCACCCUACAGGCACGACGAAAGUACGGAUGCAGAUGGUUGGGGAGCUGAUGCUCCCCCCGUCACCCGGAGCCAACUGGAGAAGGUAUCAUCGGCUUACACGCCUACCAAAGUUGACAUCGCAGCCCUUCGUGCCCAACCUACUUCUACUACCUCUGGAUCGCGUUUUGGAAGUGACCCCGAUAUCGUUAAAGGUGGCUAUCAACCCGUCGGAAAAGUGGAUAUUGCAGCUCUUAGAGCAUUGGGCCAGAAGCAGGACCGCCCGGAUAUUGUCAAAGGAAGUUAUGAGCCGGUCGGGAAGGUAGAUAUUGCGGCUAUAAGAGCCCAAGCUCAUCCCAGGUCAUUUACCAAUCAACCUGCUCCCAGUUCGAAUCCGCCUGCAGAAGAGGAGCAAGGUCACAAGUCGUUAACUGGAAGCAAUGCAGUCUUUUCUCAAAGUGAACGCCUUACAUCGCUACCUAAACCAAAACCCGCGAAGCAAUAUGGUGCCGGAGCACCAGUGUUCGGAACAAAACCCCCAACACCUGGCCGUUUUGGCAUUGCACCACCUCCUGUGCCGGUGCCAAUAGCAGUUGGUGCUGCCAGUAGGGACUUCGGCUCCUCCGGCGGCAAGACUCCUGCUCAACUCUGGGCUGAGAAGAAGGCCCGGGAACGUGGUAUGCCAGGGGCUAGCGUAAUAACUCCCUCAUCGCUUUCUGCCGGAUAUGCAGGGCAACACCGCCCCACACUUGGCGCCUCAGCCACUGAGCAUAGCGGUGGGGGCGGUGAUGAGCUUGUGACAAGGGUUUCUCAACCGAGGAUUGAUAGUCUGCCAUCGCUCGGGGAGGAGGUGCGAACACCCACAGGUGGUGUUGGCGCAUUGAGGAGUAACUUUGCUGGAUUGCCCCCGAUGGGCACUCCUGCAUCACCAGAAAGCCCUCAGCGAACAGGCGGGUUCCAUGGUACAGAGCGCGAGGUGCCCCCGCCGCCGCCGAUUGAUACAUCUUCACGUCCUCCGCCUACUCCUGCUGUGGUCAUUCCGCCACCUCCUCCCCAACCCAAUUCGCCAUCCCCGCCGACUCCUGAAGCUCCUGGCAGUCCGUUCAGGAUUGCCUUACCAGUCGCUAGAAAGCUGGAUAGCCCACCAGUGUCAAAGGACGAGCCUGAGACACAAAUUCCGAUCCCAACAGAAAGGCUAGCUCUUCUCGUUCCAAAUGAGGGAGAAUCGGGAGAGGCGUCGGCACAUGACAGAAGUGCGGCAUUUGGAAUUAGUGCUGGAGGUGAGGGCACUAGCGGUAAGAAGGCUGUGGUCUUGUACGACUAUGACGCGGGAGAGGAGAAUGAAAUUAGCUUGGUGGAGGGACAGGUUAUUGGCGAAAUUGACCUGGUCGAUGAGGUAUUAUGAUUCACUGAAAUUGAUAGCUCUUGGGCCAAAAUAGACUAACUGGGUCUAGGAUUGGUGGGCUGGUCGUAAUGCUGCGGGUGAGCAUGGCCUAUUCCCUAGCAAUUAUGUCGAACUCAUGGAGGAUACGGUGGUUGCUCGUUCUCCACAAGCCCCGGUAGACAGGUCGGAGCUGAAGCCCCAGUCCCCCCAACCCCAAGCGCUAGGUCCCAGUGAGACUGCAAUUGCGCUCUAUGACUAUGAAGCAGCCGAAGAAAAUGAGCUCAGCUUCCCAGAGGACGCGAUCAUUGAGGAUUUGGAAUUUCCUGAUGAAGAUUGGUGGUUCGGUACUUAUAAGGGAAACAGGGGACUCUUUGUCGGUGACUCUGACCCUUUUUAACUUGUGAGGAUAUCACUAACGUUUUAUAAAGCCGGCAAACUACGUCGAACUACGGCAGUAACAUUCACACUCACGCUUCAUAACAAUCAGACUAGGCCCCUUCCCAAACGGACUAAAUACCAAUUGGGUAGAUUGACUUAUACCACUGACUGCAUAUUGGGCGACUAUUUCCGCCUAAUUUGUGAAUUACAUCAUUUAUCAAUUUUACAGCGUUAAUUUCGAUGUAUAAAAACGUGGAUCAAGCAAUCUCAUCGGGAUAAAGUGACCGGUCAAUGGGAUGAGCGCAGUAAGCAUUAAUUAGAUUGACGGGGCCACAUAGACUACGUUGCUAGCUUGGUGCUCGACAUAGAUGGUGUCCCAGUCUUACUGAUUCUGAUAGGGGUUGUGGUCAUAGAUGUCCCGGAUGAUCUAACCCACACAAUGUUUACAACAUUUCAACAUCCCAGAGCCACAGCCGAGUGAGACACAAUGUGUGGUACGGUACACUACCAGUACAUGAUCGCAUCCCUUACUGGUUCCACCGUGAUUUGGAACAAGGCAAAGGGGGAGGCGAUGCUAGGAUGUUGCUUGAUCAAAACACAUCCGAUAGUGCAGAGAACAUUCGGAAUUACCAUAUUGCCAUUUUAUAGUUGUCUUCCUUUCUCCCCUUUUUUAGGUUUUAGUGCGCAGGGGACUAGGAGUGAUGGGACGGGUGGUUUUCGCAUCCGGGAGUGGGUGAUCUGCGGUUCUAGGCUCGUCUCCGGAUGUGGGCUGAUUACGAGUACCCAUGAUAGUUCUCGGGUGGUGAGUGAGAGGAAACGAAGUUUACCGGCAAAGAGACAUCAGCAACGAUCACUCCGACGAGUGUCAUAGUAAAUUAGUAGGGAAUUGUGAGCCAUCUCAGGCGAGGUAGUUUUGUCUCAUCAAAUUGGGUAUCACAGUAGGGGGAUGUUGUCUACGGUCGAGGGCUGUUGUCCGUAGCUGUUACUCGACAAGCUAGAGCGGCUAUUGAGAUGGUUGGCAUUGCCAUGGGAAUUAAAACAGGAAGGUUACAGGAAUGUUUAUUUCGUUAGAAUAGAGAAAUAGCAGGUAUCUUGGAAACUUGGGCUGGCAUGGGAGCGAGUAUGGAAUGAUGUUGCAUCUCUGGAGGCUGCGCUGGACUAGGAAACUUGUGUAUAUUGACCACUGUUAUGAUGUAUGAUAGACAUGAAGACGCUAUGGGUUGACUUCGGAUUUCAGACUGUGCCGGCCCGUGGCCCCGUGCACAAGUGAUCGUGAAUGACUUGCAGGAGCAAAGGCAAUGCUGAUAUCGGAAUAAAGGAGCAGAGAGCACGGUACGAGUAAAAUAGAAGGUUUGUCCAUGUGGACAGCAAAAAAUACAGGUCUAGGAAGUGUAUCUUGACAAAAAUAAGCGAACAUAGUUGUAACUGUACCGGGGGUUCAGGAUAAGUGAGGCGAAGGGGGUGCUAAGAGCCUAUGAUAUGUACAUAAUCUGUGGUGCCAAGCGGUCCCAGGUUACAAAAUCUAAGAUUCACAGUAUAGAUGGCCAGAACCAUAGCUAGUGUAAUAAAGAAAAUUGGGAAAAUGAAGAGUAAGUCUAAAGGGACGUGAGCUUAGGGGAGCCAGGAGCUAAUGUCAUAAAUAAGACUUAGUAAGGGUUAGGUUUCACAAUACUGAGAAGUUCUGAGUCAGAGGUAUGUUAUGUUUUAUACCAGACUCACUUU